UCGGUACCGGGUCGGGUCGAGUUCAAGUCAGGCCUAUUUCAAAACCGGAUUAAGUAGGGUCAACCCUAACUCGGUCUGACUCGACUCAAUGCCCAACUCUACCACACGGUGUUGUGGUACAAAUAUUUGCAAGGUGAUUGCCUAUUUGGUGUGCCAGGUUGCACAGAACUUUUAUUAAGUGAUGUUGUGCAAAACUUUUAUUAGGUGGGCCUCACAUAAUUAUCAAAUUAGAUCAUACUAUUGAAUUACCAUAAUGGUAGACCUAAUUAUGUUUGUGAUUAUUAUAGAUUAGUCCCUCAUCCUAUGACUUACAAUCUUGCUGCCUUACUAACAUGAAAAGAAAAUUGUUUCUUUUGAAAGGUUUUUUAAAGUGCAUAAGAUACAAAAGAUCCACAAAAAUUACUUAUGCACACACAUACAAAUGGCUUCCCAAUCAGAUAUGAACAUUUGAUUUAGAGUUCUUUUUCAUCCGUUCUCUAUCAUUAAUACAUAGAUCGGUCUUUUAAUUUCACAAUUCAGUCAGACAUGCCGUAGAUGGGAGACUAUAAAAUCACAUAAGUGGACAGUCCCAGCGAUGUAAUUUCGUGUUGGACAUACCUCCAAUUGGAUGACCAAUAUAUGCUUGUACCUUUGAUCAUCCACUGUAAGUCUCCCAGAUGGACGGUCUGGAUUGUUCGACCAUAUUUACAUUUGGGAAUCAUAUGUUGGACAAACCUUCGAUGUGGACCUUCAAAGAUGUUGUAUUUCUGCGAUUUACAUUUCUUUGAUUUCAAACCUCUUUUGUUUAGGCCACUGGCAUAGAGGGUUAGGAUCAAAUCCUACCCAAGUGGGCCCCACUACUCAAAUGCACAAGUGAUUGCCAUCUGUACGUAAUCCCUACAUUGAGUGCCUAAGAAAACAAACAAUGUUCAGAACCUGAUACUUUGAAAUUCCAUUCAAGGAGAUGGAAGAAAGAGAAUGCAAGCAACCGAAAGGAGCACACCAAAGAAAUUCUAAGAUUCAUGGAAAAGUUAAAGCAGGGAUUCUCUUUCCAUGCUUUCCUUUUUCUCUCUUUAUAACCGUUGGAUUCUGUGUCCUAUCUCGCAUCGAUCCCCUCUCUCCUUCCCUGUUUUUGAUGGAGUUCGAUCACGAGAACCGGGCCAUUGUCUGUGACAAUGGAUCUGGGACCGUAAAGGCCGGGUUUGCUGGGGACGACUCGCCCUGUGUGAUCUUCCCUAGUGUGGUGGGCCACCCACAGAAGAAUCACGCCAUGAUCGGCACCGAUCAGAAGGAAAUGUACAUCGGCGAUGAAGCUCAGGCGAGGAGAGGUGUCCUCCGAUUGAGUUAUCCGGUCGAUCGUAGUAUAGUGAAGGACUGGGAUGCCAUGGAGCAGCUGUGGGGACACACAUUUGAGAAGGAAUUAACGGUCCAGAUCGAAGAUCAUCCGGUCCUUUUAACGGAGGCCCCGUUAAAUCCGAAGGUGAAUCGCGAGAAGAUGGUGGAGAUCAUGUUCGAGGCAUUCGAGAUCCCAGCCACUUAUGUUGCGAUCCAAGCCGUUCUUUCGUUGUAUGCGAGUGGACGCACUACAGGCAUUGUGUUGGACUCUGGAGAAGGUGUCACACAUGUGGUCCCCAUCUAUGAGGGCUACACGCUGCCCCACGCCAUCCAACGGUUGGAUGUAGCCGGCAAGGACCUGACCGAGAGCCUGACCAAGAUCCUCGCCGAAGAUGGCCUCAUGUUUGCCACAUCAGCAGGGAGGGAGAUCGUACGGGACAUAAAGGAGAGGCUUGCCUACGUGGCGAUCGACUACGAAAAGGAGUGGGCCACGUCGAGGGAGAGCUCGGUCCUCGACAGCUACUACGAGUUGCCCGAUGGACAGAUCGUAACCGUUGGUGCAGGGCGAUUCAGGUCCCCAGAAAUCCUGUUCGAUCCAAACCGUAUAGGCAUUGAGUCUGGUGGGGUCCACGAAGCCGUUUUCAAGUCGAUCAAACGGUGCGAUGUGGACAUCAGGAGUGAGAUGUACGGGAACGUUGUACUAAGUGGUGGGACCACAUUGCUACCCGGCUUGCCCGAUCGGCUGGCUAAGGAGCUUAGCUCGAUGGCUCCACCAUCGAUCAAGGUGAGAUUGGUGGCCCCACCAGAGAGGAAGUAUAGCGUGUGGAUUGGAGGCUCGAUCCUGGCUUCACUCAGCACUUUCCCACAGAUGUGGAUAGCCAAAGAGGAUUACAUGGAGUAUGGUUCUUCUAUUGUACACAUGAAGUGCUUCUAAAAGAAAGCAAUUCCAUCAUUUUAUUUUUAUUUUUUUUCAAAAAUAAGUGUUAAAAUACUAUGUUGAGGGUGCGUUUGGAUGCACUAUUGAAUUGGAUUGCAAUUAUUUGUAAUUGUACUUAA